CAGGUCCGGCCGCGUGGAGCGGCGAGGUGUGAGGGGGCGCCGCCGCGGCCGCCAUCAUGUCUUGGCUCUUCGGCCUCAACAAGGGGCAGCAGGGGGAGGGCGGCGGGCCGGCGCUGCCCCUCCCUCCGGCGCUGCCCGGCGCGGGGGACGGCGGCGGGGACGGCGGCGGGGGAGACCGCCACGCGCCCAAGGACAAAUGGAGCAACUUCGACCCCACGGGCUUGGAGCGCGCCGCCAAGGCGGCGCGCGAGCUCGAGCACUCGCGCCACGCUAAGGAUGCCCUGCACCUCGCCCAGAUGCAGGAACAGACACUGCAACUUGAGCAGCAGUCAAAAGUUAAAGAGUACGAGGCUGCCGUCGAACAGCUAAAGAACGAACAGAUCCGAGUACAGGCCGAAGAGAGGAGGAAGACGCUGAACGAGGAGACGCGGCAGCACCAGGCGAGAGCCCAGUACCAGGACAAGCUGGCCCGGCAGCGCUACGAUGACCAGCUCCGGCAGCAGCAACUUCUCAAUGAAGAGAACUUGAGGAAGCAGGAGGAAUCCGUGCAGAAGCAGGAAGCAAUAAGGCGAGCCACGGUGGAGCGGGAGAUGGAGCUGCGGCACAAAAACGAGAUGCUGCGCAUCGAGGCGGAGACCAGAGCCCGGGCCAAGGCCGAGAGGGAGAACGCCGACAUCAUCCGGGAGCAGAUCCGCCUCAAGGCCGCAGAGCACCGCCAGACCAUCUUGGAGUCUCUGAAGACAGCCGGCACGCUGUUCGGCGAAGGAUUUCGGGCCUUCGUGACCGACUGGGACAAAGUCACAGCCACGGUGGCUGGGCUGACCUUGCUGGCCGCCGGGAUCUAUACGGCCAAGAACGCCACGGGGGUCGCGGGCCGCUACAUUGAAGCCCGGUUAGGCAAGCCCUCGCUGGUGAGAGAGACAUCCCGGAUCACUGUGCUAGAGGCCCUCAAGCACCCUAUUCAGGUUGGCAAGCGGCUCACCAGCAAGCCCCAGGAUGCCCUCGAAGGCGUGGUGCUCAGCCCCAAGCUGGAGGAGAGGGUUAGGGACAUCGCCAUAGCAACAAGGAACACCAAAAAGAACAAAAGCCUGUACAGGAAUAUCCUUAUGUACGGGCCUCCCGGGACCGGGAAAACCCUGUUCGCCAAGAAACUCGCCAUGCACUCAGGCAUGGACUACGCCAUCAUGACCGGAGGGGAUGUCGCCCCUAUGGGGCGAGAGGGAGUCACGGCCAUGCACAAGGUCUUUGACUGGGCCAACACCAGCCGGAGGGGCCUCUUGCUCUUUGUGGAUGAAGCGGAUGCGUUCCUGAGGAAGAGGGCCACGGAGAAAAUCAGCGAAGACUUGAGGGCGACGUUAAACGCGUUCCUUCACCGGACCGGCCAGCACAGCAACAAGUUCAUGCUGGUGCUCGCCAGUAACCAGCCGGAGCAGUUCGACUGGGCCAUCAACGACCGCAUCGACGAAAUGGUCAACUUCGCCCUGCCGCAGCUUGAGGAGCGGGAGCGCCUGGUCAGGAUGUACUUCGACAAGUACGUCCUGAAGCCGGCCACUGAGGGCAAGCAGCGCCUGAAGCUGGCUCAGUUCGACUAUGGGAAAAAGUGCUCAGAGAUCGCGCAGCUGACCGACGGCAUGUCCGGCCGGGAGAUUUCCCAGCUGGCGGUGGCCUGGCAGGCCUUGGCCUACGCAUCUGAGGACGGGGUCCUCACGGAGGCCAUGGUGGAUGCUCGGGUAAAGGACGCAAUGCAGCAGCACCGGCAGAAGAUGGAGUGGAUCCAAGCCCAGGGCACCGAGCGGGACAAGGAUGGGGGCAAGAGCCAGGCCCUGCCGUUCUUCCAAGGGACGCCCGCGUGAAGGCCCGGUGCCCAGGGGGCGAGGGCCCAGAGUUGGCCGCAGCAGGUUUUUAGGAACAUGGGGUGGGGUGCCUGUGGCCAGCGCUGGCCGAGAUGCCCCGGCCGGGCCCUCCCUGUCCUCCGCCCCCUUUGCCCACCAGCGUGGGUCUUGGGCCGUCGGGGCCGAGUGGCAUUACGAGAGCCUGGCGGCGGGGCCUCCGGUGGGUCCCGGCCAGCCUCGUCCCCGAGGCCCUGGUUCUGCCACUGUGGCUACUGCCAUCGGUCUCUUCUCUCGCCCCUCCCCCUCGGAACAGAAGAAUCCUGGCAGAGCCUCCGAUGGAGCUGCUCUGCGACCCCCUGCCCCCCAACACCUACCCCCACCAUGUCCCACACCGCUGCCAGAUGGCAGGGGGCAGCUCCUCUUGCCCUCUGGCUCUCCCAAACUCCUAGGUUCCCUCAGCCAGUUGGGCCUGGGGCAAGGAGUCCUUAUGUGGGAUCGAAGCAGAGGGAAAGACAGAUGAAGGUCUACACCCCAUCCCCCUGGCAGUUGGGGCCGAAGCAAGUCCCCAGCUGUGGGGGCAGUAAGGGUGCCCUUGUGUGUACAGACACACACAGCCUCCCCGCCGCCCCCCACCAUCUCCCCGUGGAGCUGGGCCUUGCGGACAGCAGUGGCCCAGCAAACACACACCAAUGGUUUCUGCCAGGGGGGUGCUGGGGGGUUCCUCCUGCCUCUGAAAAGGGACAAUGAGAAUGGCUCAGGGCUGGGCCUUGCCCAUUGCCUGCUAGCCAGCAGGACAACCAGUAUACCUGGGAGUCACGUGCCAUUUGCCUUUUCUGUUCAUGCAGAACUCACCCCUAGAACUGUCCAUUCCCCUCAGUCCAGUUCCCUGCUGGUCCUCCCCCAUCUCAGCCCUUCCCGUCACCGCCGCCAUCACCAUAUCCCGCGUCUUGACCAUGGUGCCCUCUCCUUAGGGUGCAGGAAGGGAACUCAAAGCUGCCGGCGGGGGUCUGGGCCGUGAUCUGGACAUCUGCCCUCGGGUACCCGGCACCUCUUUGCCAGCCAGGAAAUGCAGGACACAGAACGGGUCGCUGGGCGAGGCCCUGACCCCCUCCCUCGCUCCGGGUCCCGACAGACUCAGUGGUUGUGGGGCAGAGGCCGGAGCAGAGGGAGGCCGGUGCAGCAGCUAGAGAGCCCGGGUGAAAGCAUCCGGUGUCGUAGCGGUACCAGUCGAAGCCAGAUGAGGUAGACCGGACUGUCGCUGAGGUACGAUCCAGGGGGCCUGCCCCCUGACCCUCCCACCCCUAGCUGGGCUGUGGUCAGCUGCAAAGUGGGACAAGGCUUAUCUCCACUGGGAGAGGGGCAAUGAGUUACCUCUGUGCAGUAACCAGGAAGAAGUGGCUGGAGUGUGGCCAGCCUGGGGAUAGGGGUGGGGGGCCAGCAGCCACCUGACCCCGACCCCCCCCCCCCCCCCCCCCCCCCCGCCAGCUGUUCCUCUCCACCUCCUCCUUUCUCUGGGUUGGCACCCGGAGCAUCCGGACCUCAGCCCAAAGGCCGGGCAGUGCUGCUAGCCCCAGAGACCUUCAUUGUUCACUCACCUGUAAUCACUGGAUCGAAAUUGAGAUGAGAAGGGGAUGUGGGGGUAGGAGGCCUAUCUGGAGGGUUUUUGUGAUUUUUUUUUAAUGAAAUAAAAGGAACCAACCUGC